GCUGACUGACCACGUGACUUUACGGAAGUGUCAACAACAUGAGCGACGUGUAAGCAACGAUGCUUCACUUUUUAGCCUUUUUAUUGAUCAUCUUGUCUUGUUUGGGCAAUGCACUUGUAUGCAGGGCUCACACCGAGCCCGUCUCCGAGCCGGGCUUAGCAAGUUGCGGCUGUCAGAGCUUGAAGAGAGACGCUGUUGUAGCGUCGGAGGAGGCAAGUGUCAAAUAUUCCAGAGACGCCAAUGAGAUGCUGUCUGACACUAAGGGAGGCGAGAAGAUUACUAGUCAGAUGGUGUUGAUUCCUGGCGGAGAAUUUCUCAUGGGAACAGACAACCCAGGAAUCCCUGCUGAUGGUGAGGGCCCUCAGAGACAGGUCCACGUAGACUCCUUCUACAUGGACAUCCAGGAAGUCACCAACCAACAGUUCCAGAGCUUUGCCAAUGCCACAGGCUAUGUGACAGAGGCAGAGAGAUUUGGGGACUCGUUUGUUUUUGAAGAAAUUCUAAGUGAGGCAGUCAAAAGCCAAAUCACGCAAGCGGUGGCUGCUGCCCCCUGGUGGCUUCCAGUCAAAGACGCAAACUGGAGACAACCUGAGGGCUCUGACUCCAAUAUCCAAGAAAGGAUGGAUCAUCCUGUUCUUCACGUAUCCUGGGGUGAUGCUGUUAACUACUGCGCCUGGGCCAACAAGAGGCUUCCAACGGAGGCAGAGUGGGAACACGCCUGCAGAGGCAAUUUAAAAGACAGACUUUAUCCGUGGGGAAAUCGACUUAACCCAAAAGGGCAACACUAUGCCAACAUCUGGCAAGGAGAAUUCCCUCACCAUAAUUCUGCAGAAGAUGGAUAUGUCAAAACUUCACCGGUGAUGUCUUUUCCCGCCAAUGCUUUUGGUCUGUUUGACAUGGUGGGCAAUGCUUGGGAAUGGACGUCCGACUGGUGGACUGUGCGUCACUCCACCGAACAUCAGCACAAUCCAACAGGUCCUCCGUCAGGCACUGACAGAGUAAAGAAGGGAGGCUCAUACAUGUGUCACAAGUCUUACUGUUACCGUUACCGCUGUGCAGCGCGAAGCCAGAACACGCCGGACAGCUCUGCCUCCAAUCUUGGUUUUCGUUGCGUCUCUCAGGCACCGCACUGAAAUUCACUCUGGUUCAUAUUAUUAUUAUUUUUUUUUUUUUAAAUCAAACUCUAAUAUUUCAUAAUGUUCCAUGUUGUUAUACUGCAUUCAAAGAACUCGGGAUUUUAUGGAUUAUUUUCUCUGGUUUUUAUGAAAAAUAAAAAUAAAAACAUUUUUUUUAA